AUGGCACUCCACCUCUGCCACCUGGUGCCACGUGAUAUUUAUAUUCUGGUUGCUUUCGCUUUUCUCUUUGCGUCGUGCAUCCUUCAGCUUAUUGUCGUUAUGAGCCGUGUGAGCGGACGUGAUGUUGGCAUCAUUCAGCCCCAGCAUCCUGGCACCAGUGGAUAUAACGCUGUUCACGUUUCAGCAAGCUUUGUGCUGUACCUUGAGGGUGGAAAAAAAAUAUGUGAGAUGAAUGACGAUGGUGAUAAAAUUUUUGUGGGUUGUGCACGCUUUGUUUCGUCGUUUUACGUGGUGGGCUGGAUUCUGCUUUACUCUGUUGUCACCAGUUAUCUGUCAUUUUUCUUUGGUAUGUUCUGUGUGGUUCCCUUCUCCAAAACUACGAUGACCGUAUUUGCAUUGGAGAUGUCUCUUUUUUGGGUGCCUUUGUCGUUGCAUUCAGCUGCAGUUGGUGUUUUUUGGGACCGUUUGCUGCCUUCCGCUGAGAAAACUGUACAGUUGAACAUGGGCCAGAAUACUGAUUUGAUGUUUGUGCAGAGUUAUAUUUCUAUUUUAAUGUCGGUGUCUCAGGGGUUGCUUACUUUAAGUUUUUUUUUGGUGGUGUUUCGUUUUUUUGUUGCCUUGUGUCGUCGUAAGGCUGUUAAGCAACGCGCCGUUGCUCGUGGCGACAUUGACAGGCUGAUGAGGUGCCAUCUCGUCAAUGAUGACUGGGAACGACAGAAGGAAGUGUUGGAAGAUUACGCUGAGAGACUUAUGUUUGAGAUUGACAUCAGAGAGGAAUGUAAGCAAAAAAGUGCGGAGACGCCUUCGACCUCAAAUGAUCCCACGGAUCGUCCGACUGAAGAGGCUCAUUUGAAUCUCAUAGAGGAGAAUGUGAGCUGUGAACCUGUGGAAUGUUGA